GUAGCUUAGCAGCAGUAACUGUUGGCAGGGUUCUCUUUAUUAUUAAGGGGAUGGGAGGUCCUGCAUUUAUACAUCAAAAAUGCUGGCUUUAAUAAACAUUUUCUCAUCGAGUUCAGCAAUAAGCGACAAGUGGGCAGGCGCCCUAGUACUAUGACAUCUGACAUUUAUUAUUAAAGGUAAUUUAGCUAACGUUAAUCAGGUGUAUUAGGAUAGCCAGCUUGAUAACUGUAAACCGCCAGCUAACGUUAGUUAGAUAGCUGUCGCCUAACGCAAGCUAACGUUAUUUUGUUCAUUCAUGGGAAGUGGUGAAGUUAUCUUAAGUUAAAUAAAACUAACCAUCUGUGCAAUUAUAUAAGUUAUAAUUUACUGCGAAAACUGGUUAGGUUAUCACACAGUUUCAGUGACUACAGUUAUUUCAGUAGAUUGAACUGAACAGCACGUCUUUGAUCAUGCCUCCAAGCAUCGACUGGAAUAAACUGAUGGAGGUUGACCCGGAUGAAUGGGAGGGUCUGGAAAAAGAAGCUGAUGAGCUUGUUGACGUGAUAUCAAAGGUUCAACCAAAGGACCUGAAAGAAGGUGAUACCAAAAAAAUAAUUCAGCUUUUCAGAAUCACUCAGACCAUCAUGAAGAUGAAAGUACAGGAAGUAAGCUGUGCUUAUGAAGUCAUUGAUAAAGCUGGUGCAGAUCAAGCUGAAAUAGAAAACCAGUUGAAGGCCCAAGUGUACAGAUUAGAGAAUGAGCUGGAGAUGGCCCAGCGAUCGACCGGGGGAAGAGACACGCGCUUCCUUCGCGAUGAAAUCCGCCAACUGGAGGCUCAGGUGGAGCGCAAAGAGAAGGAGCUGGUCCAGAUGGAGAAGGACCUGAACAAAGAAAAGAAAGUCAAUGAGGAACUGUCUCUUCGCGCUGAAGAAGCAGAGGAUGAUAACAGGAAGUUGAAAAGAGAGAUAAAACGGCUAAGGAAGAAGAAUGAGCAGCUCAAUCGGGAUGUGAUAUUUUACCGACGAGAGCUGGACCAGAAGGACCCGGUUCCCUCGCGGGAAGAGAACAGCGAGGCUCAAAAGAGGCUGAACUCCGCCAACCGGCAGCUGUAUCAGUGCAUGGAGGACCUGCAGCGUGCAGAAGACGAGGUCGCCCACCUGAAAGCCCAGAGCGAGCACAUGGAGAAGAGUCUGGAGGAGUCCGUGAAGGAGAUGGAGAGGAUGACUGACGAGUACAACAAGAUGAAGAUCGUAGUGCAGCAGACCGACAUCAUCAUGGACCAGCUCAGAAAAGAAAGGGACCAGGCCAAGAUUCAAUUGAGAGAGCUAACAGACCAGAUACAGGCUCGGGCAGCAGAAGAUGAUCCUGUGAUGGCUGCUGUAAAUGCCAAGGUGGAGGAGUGGAAGACUAUAUUGUCAGCCAAGGAUGAUGAAAUCAUUGAGUACCAGCAGAUGAUCAGAGACCUGAAAGACAAACUCCGGACGGCCCAGAUGGACUCUGACAAAAGCAACCUGAUGGCCUUGCAGCAGGCCGUACAGGAACGAGACCAUCAGAUCAAGAUGCUGACGGAGCAGGUGGAUCUGUACACGGGAGAGAUGGAGAAAAACGCACUCCUCGUCGAAGAGCUCAAAAAACCUCUUCAGAAAGACAGAGGGCCCCCUUCAGUGAUCCAGCAGAGAAAGCUGGAUGACCUGAAGGUCAAGCUGCAGGCCGCGGAGCAGAGGCUUCAGGAGGCCGAGAGAGUGGCCGAGCUGGCCGAGUCUGAUGCCAGGGAGAAGGACAAAGAGCUCAGUGAAACCCUCGCUCGCAUGAGAGUCUAUGAGUCUGGCACGGGAGGGCUGGAAGCCGCCGUCGCUGAGAUAAAGGAGUGUAAAUACCAACUGAAGCUGCGGGAUCGUGAGGCGGAGGCCAUGACCAAGGAGAUCAACCAGCUGGAGAUGAAAGUCAAUGACCUGCUGGACGAGAACGAGGACCUGAGAGAACGUCUGGGAUUAAAUCCAAAAGAAGAGGUUGAUUUGUCAGAAUUCCGACGAUCCAAAGCUUUAAAACAAAGGCAGUACAAAGCAGAAAACCAGGUCCUUCUAAAGGAGAUCGAGCGUCUGGAAGCGGAAAGACUGGAGCACAAAAAACAGAUCAGAAACCUGGUCAAGGAUAAAGGGCUAUCUGUAAGUCAUUUAGCGAUGGAUGACGAUGAUGGCAAAGUCACCAGGAGCAUCCAAAAGCUAUCUCCCAGCUCCAUUAAUGAAGACGAGCUCAAACGCAAGUAUGAACACCUCCAGAGAGAACUGAAUAGCAGAGAAAGGGAGCUGGAGCUCAGAAGAACAGAGUCCACUCAAUUCAAGGCUAAAUUGAAUGACAUGUUGAUGGAAAAUAAGCAGCUGGAACAAGGAAUGCAGGAGAUAUUGAAAGCCAUUCAGGAUACCCAAAGAACCACGCAGGCUCAAACAGGAGUCAGCAUUCCCAUUCUCGAGAGGCUCGUCAGUGCAAUGGAGAUGAAGAACUCGGAGGGGAAGUUUGACGCCAGCAUCCACUUAAAAGCGCAGGUGGACCAGCUGACUGGCAGGAACGAGGAGCUCCGACAGGAAAUGCGGCUCGCCCGGGAAGAAGCCACCCAAGCCGCAACUCAGCUGGCAAGAGCCAAUGAAAAGAUGUCUAUACUGGAGAGUGAGGUGGAAGUCCUGAGGCGAUCAGGAGGGAACAGCAUCGCGUUUAAGAGCCUGAACCUCCCUGAAGAGAUGGCCCCCUCCAGUGUGGAGGUCAUCAGCUCCCUCAACGAAUAUGCAAUCACGCUUCUGCAGGAGCUGAAAAACAAGGAGGAAUCAAAUAAGCAACUGGAAACAGCGUUAGAGGAGUACAAGGGAAAGUUUGCUGUGGUUCGACACCAGCAGGGACUAAUAUACAAGGACUACCAUAGUGAGAAGGAGUCUUGGCAAAAGGAGAGGGAUUCUUUAAUGGAGCUGAAAAAUAAACUUGAACAGCAGAAAGAGGUGGAUGCAGUGAGAAUAAAGGAAUUCAAUCACUGGCUGGAGGUUUUAGAGAAGGAUCCCACAGAAAUCAAGCAGCAGGCGUGUGAGGCGGCUCGGAAGAUGACGGUGCUGCGGGUGAAGGAGGCGUCGCUGAUCAGACGCUACACCACCCUGCUGGAGAUGGAGCAGCACCUUCGGAAGGAGAACAACAAACUCAGGAGCGACUUCCUGGAAGCGGAGGCCACUGUCACACAAAGGAUCGGCUAUUUGCAGAGAUAUAAGGAUAUGGCCUCUUUCAAAAUAGCAGCGUUGCAGAAAGCCCUCGACGACAGUGUCUCAUCUUCUGAACUCGAGCGGGCCAACAAACAAUACAACGAACUGACAGUAAAAUACAGAGACCUUCUACAGAAGGACAACCAUCUCGUUCAGAGGGCCACCAACCUGGAGCAAUUAGAGAGUGAGAAUGCUUCUCUGCACGAGCAGAUCCAGGGUCUGAACAAAGAGCUGGAGAUCAGCAAAGAGAAACUGCACACACUAGAGCAAGCCUUGGAACACACCGCCAAGACAGGUGGGGAGAGCGGCAUGGACAAAGCGUCCAAAGCCAUCGCCAACAGCGAGAUCGCCUCGGUGUCCAAGAGGAUGGCGGUGCUGGAGAUGAGGGAGCUGAACGAGCGCCAGAGAGCGGAGCACGCUCAGAGGAUGUACGAGCACCUGAGGAACUCGCUCAGACAAGUGGAGGAUCGCAACGCGGAGCUGGAGACUAAAUUUGCAGAGCUGACCAAGCAGAACCUGGAAGCCCAGCGGACGGAGCAGGAGCUGCGUGACGAGCUGGCCAACAGCGUGAGCAAAGCGGUCAGCGACGCCGACCGCGCGCGCAUCAGCGAGCUGGAGAGAGCCGAGGCCGAGCUCAAAAUCGAAGUGUCCAAGUUACGGGAGGUUUCAGAUGUGGCCAAAAUGCAGGUGUCUACCCUGGAGGCCAGGCAGCAGUCCAGAGAGAAGGAGGUGGAAGCCCUGAGGAGACAGGUGCUGGACUAUCAGGCCGAGUCGGACGAGAAGGCGCUCAUCGCCAAGCUGCACCAGCACAUCGUGGCGCUGCAGGUGAGCGAGGCCACGGCGGUGAGCAGGCUGGAGGCGGCCGCGCUCAAGGCCCGCCAGCUGGAGGCGCGCCUGCUGCGGGCGGAGCAGCGCCUGGACGACAAGGAGCAGGCGCUGUACCACGCCCGGCUGGAGGGCCGCAACCGCGCCCGCCACCUGCGGCAGACGGUGCAGGCCCUGCGCAGGCAGUUCGCCGGCGCCCUGCCGCUGCCCCAGCAGGAGAAGUUCUCCCGGACCAUGAUGCAGCUGCAGGCCGACAAGCGGCGGGGCCAGGAGGAGGCGCGGCGGGCCGAGCAGGAGCGCAGGCGGGCGGAGGAGAAGGCCGCGGAGCUGGAGCUCCGUCUGAGCGGGCUGGAGGAGCUCAUGGGCUCCCUGAAAGACGGCAGAGGCGCUCAGAAGGUGAGCGAGUGGCAUAAGAAGAUGGAGGAUCUGCGUCUGCAGGAGCUGCGGCGCAGCAGGGAGCUGGCCUCGCUCAAGGAGGAGAUCAGGUACCUGCGCAACGUCGUGGCCGAGCAGGAGCGCGCCAUCGGCGGCCUGGAGGAGGACAUGGUCCAGCAGAACAACCUCCAUGAGGAGCGGCAGCUGUCCUGGGAUCAGCGGGAGGUGGAACUGGAGCGACAGCUGGAUCUGUUUGAGAAGCAGCAGAAUGAAAUCCUGGGUACUGCCCGAAAGUUUGAGGAGGCGACUGGGUCCCUACCAGACCCCUCCAUGCCGAUUGCCCACCAGCUGGAUUUUGCUCUGCGGAAGAUCAAGGACCACGUCCGCACUAUCCUGGAAACACAAGCCGCCUGCAAGACUCUGGAUGAGAAACUGAAGGAGAAGGAGGCGGCGCUCUGGCGGGCGGAGCAGAACGUGCUCUCGCGGGACCGGGUCAUCAACGAGCUGCGCCUGCGCCUCCCGGCCGCGGCCGAGCGGGAGAGGCUCCUGGCCCACCUGGCCGAGAGGGACGAGGACCCGGAGAGCCAGCCCGCCCUCAAGGUGGCCCACCAGACCAUCAACAACCUGCAGGCCAGGCUCAACCAGAAAGAGGAGGUCCUGAAGAAGUACCAGAACCUGCUGGCUCGGGCCAGACAGGAGCAAGAAGACUUGACAAAGAAGCAAGAAGAGGACAUGAGGGUUCUGCACAAGAAACUGGACUUGCAUACAGACACUUCGCUGGACAAGUUCAGGCAGACAGCCCUGGAGCUAAUGAAGAAGCCUACCAUAGACGUUCCCACCACCAAGCACCUGAUGCGUUUGGCAGAGAUGGAGCAGACUGUGGCUGAACAGGACAACUCUCUGUCCUCCCUCAAUGCCAAGCUGAAGAGUGUGACCUCUGAGCUGGAGAGACAGAGACAGAUCACUGCCGUCAAGGUCAAAGACCACGCCGCUGAGAAGGAAAAAUUGGAGGAGCGCCACGCCGCGCAGGUAAAACAGCUGGAGCAGGAGGCGGAGGAGUUGCGGGCGCAGAUGUCACAGAUGGAGAAGGAGGCCCAGUACCUCCGGACCGAGCUGGAGGCGCAGAAGGAGGCCAACGUCAGGUCCCCCUCAAAUACCAUGAAGAACUUGGUGGAACGGCUCAAAGCCCAAGUAGCGCAGAAAGAUAAACAGCAGAAGGCCCUCAGUAAAGCCCUACUGGAACUGCGCUCUGAGAUGACCACGCAGGCGGAGUUCCAAAUCGUAGCCAACGCAGCACAGAGAGAGGAGAGUCUGAACAUCCAGAACAUUGUGGACAGACACACCAAGGACUUACGGGCUCGCAUCCAGGAGCUGAGCGAGGAGCUGCAGGUGGCGAAGGACGGCCUGAGGGCGGCGAGGUCCAGGGAGAGCUCGCUGAGGGACGAGGCCGAGGCCCUCAGCCGGGACCUGCAGCGGAGCCAGAAGACUCAGGCCAAGCUGCAGAAAGAGAAGGAGGAGAGGGAGGACGAGGUCCAAGAGCUGAAAAAGAGAGUGAAGAGGCUCACCACCGGCCUGCAGAGCAAGGCGGAGGCUGAGAAAGGGCCGUCGGUGGAGGAGCUCCAGAAGAAGAUCCGGAGGCUGGAGUCGGAGCUGGAGAAGCAGUCUGGGUCCGAGCCUACGGAGAGGAAACCCAUCAGAGAGGACAAGAAAGAAGAGAUAUUGCGAUGGGAGGAAGGAAAGAAGUGGCAGGCCAGGCUGGAGAGCGUGCGGAACAAGCUGAGAGAAAAGGAGCGAGAGAGCGAAUCUCUAACCAAGCAGCUCAGCACCCUGAAAGAGCUCUAUGGCAGGCUGGACCAGGAAAAGGCGGCCCUGCAGAAGAAGCUUCGUGUUCGUGGUGUGACAGUGGAUCAGGUUGUGGGAGCGAGAACAAUGGACUCUGAGAGAGAGAUUGAAGAACUUAAGAGUCAAAACGCUGAGCUUGAGCAGCAGAUCAUUACCAUAAAAAAACAGCAGGCCUUGCCGAGAGAUGCCGCGAUUGACGACAUGGACCUUCGAAAUCGCUACCUGGAAGAAAAGAUCCAUUCUCUGGAAAGACAGCUGUCCAAAGAGCCCCCAUCACGUCCAUCUGAAAAUAAAUCUUCACCCUUGUUCAAUAUGUCUUCCACCAAGGGGACUUUGACAUUUGAUGUUAACCACAAUGGCUCUUAUAAAGAGAACACAAGAUGUGCAGAAACUGAGGUGGGACAGGAACAGACAGAUGUGGGUGAAAAUGAAGUGAAACAGCAGCAAAUGGAUGUGGGUGUAAAUGAAGUGAAACAGGAACAGGUAGAUGCAGGUGAAAAUCAAGUGGAACAUGAACAGACAGAUAUGGCGGAAAACAAAGUGGAACAGGAACAGAUAGAUGCCGGUGAAAAUCAAGUGGAACAUGAACAGACAGAUAUGGGUGAAAAUGCAGUGGAACAACCGGAGAUACUAAAUAUGCGUGACUAUGAAGUGGAACAUAAACAGACAAACACAGAUGAAAAUGAAGUGGAACAGGAGCAGAGAGAUAUGGGUGAAAAGGAAUUGGAAUCAGAGAAAAAUGACCAGGAAGAGCAUAAGGCCACAACAAAUCCUUCUGGUGGUGACAACCCUGAAGUGAACGUAGUAAAUCCAAAAGAACACCCUACUGAGGAACUGGCUGGGACUGAAAGUGUGUCAUCUGGACACGGGAGAAGCAGAGUCAGUAAGACAGUGAAAGUAGGUGGAAGGCUGAAAAUGGUGGCAGGUGAGACGAUGGAGGAGGGACCUGAGGAAUCAGUCAAUGCAGCGCUGGAGGUAAACCCUAGCACCAAUGAGGACCCCGAGAGCUCUGCUAGAGAGCUGGACACUGAUGUCACGGAGGAUGAGCUGGAAGGUUUAGAGAGGGGGAUGGGGUACCCUGAACCAGAGCCCAUGACCAAAGAUGUGCAGAGGCAGAAAGCCAAACAGAAAUCUCACAAAGUUCUGGAGACUUCAGGCAGGGGUUCUGGGACCCCAUCGCAGAGGGAGGGCGAGCUGCAGAAAGAAAACCUCAAGCUCUCCUCUGAAAACCUGGAACUGCGAUUUCAGCUUGAGCAGGCCAACAAAGAUCUGCCCAGGUUAAAGGAUCAGGUGAGCGACCUGAAAGAGAUGUGUGAUGUUCUGAAGAAAGAGAAGACUGAGAUAGAGAGGAAGCUGGGAAAUGUCCGUGGGUCUGGGCGGAGCGGGAAAACUAUCCCGGAGCUGGAGAAGACCAUCGGCCUGAUGCAGAGGGUGGUGGAGAGGGUGCAGAGGGAGAACGAGGCCCUGAAAAAGACCCCUGCUGGCCCCACCCAGGACCAGCUCACCGCCCUGGAGCUUGAGAACAAAAAACUCAAGUCUGACUAUGAACAGCUCAAAGCGCAGGCUGGAGCACAACAAAGCGCAAUGAAUGAGUCAAGGACCAAAGUGAUGGAGAAGAUUAUGAUGGAAAAUGAACGCUUGCGCAAGGAGCUGAGAAAGGAAGCGGAGAGCGCUGAGAAGCUUCGAAUAGCCAAGACCGGCCUGGAGACCACCAAUGAGAGACUGCAGGCCCAGCUGCAGGAGAGUAGCCUGAGGCCUGGCCAGCAGGAGGGAGCUGACCGCAGGGGCGGGAGGGCUACCGUGGUGACUAGGAUGUACGAAAAUAAAAUGAGAGACCUGGAGAAUGACAUCGCCCAGAAGAACAGCAGCCUUUCAGAGCUCAAACAGCUGCUCCAAGAAGCAGGGGACCGGGAGCAAAAAUCAGCACAGCUCAUUGGCGAGCUCAGAGAGCAGGUUGACUUGUUAAGACAGUUUCCAGAGGAUGCCAAAACAGAUUCAGGGCUUGUGAAGGAAUUCCAAUCAAUGCGGCUGAUGAACCAUCAGCUGGAGAAAGAGAAGGCGGAGCUUCUUCGGCAGCUCAGCACGCACAGAGACCAGAGAGGAACAGGGCCAGGACAGGAAGACCUGCAGAGCCAGCUACAGCAAGAAGAUCUGGAAAAGAGAAAACUGCAGGAAGAAGUGAAGAGAAUGAAGAAAGAGUUGGAGAACUUUGACCCAACUUUUUUUGAAGAAAUUGAGGACCUUAAGUUUAAUUACAACCUGGAGGUAAAGAAGAACAUUCUUCUGGAGGAGCAACUGAAAAAGAUGUCCGAACAGUUUGGAGUGGAAGUGUACAUUCCAACUAAUCUUUCAGUCAGCUGAGGUUUUUAUGAAGCGUCAAUUUCAAAGUGAAAAUUUGGUCUAAUGGACACCAAAAGUGCUUUCAGUACAAAUACGGUUGCAGAAGUUAAAUAAAAUUCCAAGGUGUUUGGACUGUUUUCCAAUUCAGUUUUUUUAGCUUCUGCUAACGUUGUUAGGAGACCGAAUUAAUAUGAACAAUGUAAAAAUGACUGCUCGCCACUUUGAUUGUAUUGUGUAUUGUGUACACGUGUCCAUUUGUAUGUGUGGUAGAUUCAUGUAUUUUUCUACAUUAUGUUACAGUGAUUUAAGUUAAUAAACAUUCUUGUACUAUAAUUUAAUAUUAUAUAAUAUUGGAUUUCUGAUGUCUGCUUUCGCAUUUAAUUCUAUGUGGAGUUGUGUUACGGAGGCAACAACACACUACACAUUUACCAUUUUUAAUAAGCACUUCUAUGAUCAUUUGGCUCAGAGGAAUGCAACCAUUAAGUACAGAAGAACAUGCCAUACAAUAGAUGUCUGGAAAUAUUUAACAUGUGCAAGCUGUUCUAAUUAUGGAUUUUUUACUAGUUAAAAUAAACUUCAGCUUGCAUGUAACGAA